GGCCACUUGGCAACCAGGCCCUGGCUCUCUUGGCUGCCUGGCAGUGGGCGGGCCCAGGGCUGUCCCUCUGAGGGCGCCAGGGCGGGCAGAGAUGGACAAGGACAUGGGCACCAUCCACCGGCGGCACCGGCUGGGCCCCGGGGCCCCUCCCUUGGGGGCGGCCCCUGGAAACACCAAGGCGGCCAGCGAGGUGGCUGAGCUUCAAAGGAGCCGGAGCGCGGGGGGCCUGCUGCAGAAGGGAGACCCGCCGAGCCCCGUCCAGAAGCUGGGCAAGGAGCUGGAGUCUGAAGAGCAGGGCAAGGACCUCGGAAGCGAUGCCGAAGCGGCGGGCUAUCAGGCCAUUCCCGAGGACGGCGCGCAGGAAAAGCACCAGGACGUCCUCGCAAGGUCGGACCACGAGAGCAGGAAGGCAGAGGCCCCAGAGGAGAGCGGCCCCCGGGCCAGGGAAGGGCAGCACGUGGACGUGGGCGGCCAGGAGGCCAAGAGGCCAGCUGUGUUUGUGGAGAUAGACCUGCAAGACUGCGCCGAGGAGGUGGUCACGUGUGCCGUGACAGAAGAGAAGCGGGCCCAGGCGGACGCGGGGGAUCUGUCUGAAGAUGAGUCGGGGGCCAGCUGGGUGUGCUGCGUCCCGUACGCGACCCGGAGAAAGGCAAAGGAGAGCGCGUAGCUGCCCUGGAGCAGGUCCCACCUGAGAUUCCUGUCUGCCCAGUAGCUGUGGGCCAGCCAGAGCUGGGAGGGACGAGGGACACAGACAUCAGCCCCAGCAGGGCCACGAACCUGUGUUGGGCCCCUCCCCAUGGUGGGCGCUGACGCCGCUGUCAACAAAGAGACAAUAAAGAAGGACGGGGCCUGUGCCAACCCCGUGCCAUGCCUUUGUCCAUGAAAUGUGAACUGGAA